GAUUUUAAUGCAAAAAAAAAACAUACCUCGUUUACGAAUAGGGUCGAGGAUUCUGCAAACGUUCGAAAGAAUUUUUUAUUGUUUUUGUUUUGCUCCACAUUGAGUUUUUUUUUGGGAAAUAUGAUGAUUCGGUGUUGAUUCGAUGGAAUAAAUUAUCUUAUUGAAUACUGUUUGUUUUUUUUUUCGUAAUAAUUAUUUUUGGUUUGAUUUUUUCGCUGAAUUUUUUUCCCAAUAUAAUCCAUAAUAAUAAUGACAUCACAUCGAUGGAAACGUUUUUUUAUUGAUGCUGGUUUACCAUCAGAUAUAGCUGAUAAUUAUGCUAUAAUAUUUACUGAAAAUCGUAUAAGAUUUGAUAUGUUAGAUGAAUUGAAUAAAGAAAUUCUGUAUGAUAUGAAAAUUAAAAAAAUGGGCGAUGUUAUAUCGAUACUUAGACAUGCCAAAGAAGUACAUACAAAUUCAUAUCGAGAAAAAGUUUUUAGUACUGAUGAUUCGACGGCUUCUGCUAAAGAUAAAGAUUCAUCACAAGGAACAUCGAAAACAUUUCAUCAAGCUGAUUCAACAAUUUCAUCGAAUAAUAAUGUACAAAAACAAUCUGAUUCUCGUACUACUGGAAUACCUUCGACAAGAAUUGUCAAAGCACCUAGUCUGAAAAGAAUUGUAAAAAUUCCAUCAAAUAAUGUUCAAAUGGCUAGAAAUAAUCAAAUGAUUACUAAAACGAACACAGUGUUUCCAAAACGAAAUUCAUCACCAACAAUUAUUCGUAAUGUUACCGGAUUGAAUGCUAUUAUUCCCGCUCGAAAACGUAUCGAACCACCAACCGAUGAUGAUGAUGAUAAUAAUGAUGUUUCAACAUCGGCAUCAAAAAUGAUGAAAACAACAACUUCAACGAAUCCACAAAUUCGUAAUAAAAUUGAAGCACAAAGCCGUUUGACAAAAUUUUCUAACCAAAUUCAAAAUGCUAUAAUAUCGAAUCAAUCAAACAAAUCUUCAUUAUUACAAAAUCCAUCAAUUCAAAAUCGUCUCUCCACUACCGCCACUACCAUCACUCAUAAUUCACGAUUGGAUAUUCGUAAAAAUGAUACUUUAUUCAAUAAAACUAUUCAACAACGAUCAAAUCCUAUACAAAGAAAUACAUCCGUAUCAACCACCGUAUCAAGUAUUAAAGAUCGUCUUGGAAAAAAACCUGUAUUCGAACGUAUUGAAUCAAGAUCACCACAACAACAACAACGUUCAACAGUUUAUGAUAGGUUAGGCAUGAAAAAAUCAUCGGAAAUUUAUUUUCUUCCUCGUCAUUAACAUAUUAAAAAGCAUAAACUUUUUUUUUUUGAUUUAAUCAUCAUAUUAUAAAAACCAUACUUAUAUUAACAAAAGAAUCCAUUAUAUU